CAGGAACAAGCAUCAGAGUGUCUGUGUUUACUCACUCACGCACUGUUUACUCACCUCCAAGUCUUCAUUCACCCCCAAGCUCCUUUCAACCACAAUCCAACACUCACCAACAAGUAGUUAACCCUCGUUACACCACAUUAGACUUCAGGAAGAGGAAGAGAAAUCCCCUGAAACUAGUGGAAUAGUAGUAGGUGCAGCAGCCGGGGAAGGAGACCACAUCUACCACCAUCAUCAUCAUCUACCACCAUCACCAGCUGUCUGUCUACACUCUACUCUGCCCCCCAGUGAUGGCAGUGCUGGCCACUGACAACUCCUCCGUGUAAGCCAGCACUAAGAGGAGGCAGAGCAAGAACAUAUACACUGUCAGCGAUUAUGGCUCCUCGAAGAGGAAGGAAGGGCAACUCUAGAGCCUUGCUUAAUGUAAGCGGCAGAGAUGAUGAUGGUGACGAUGAUGAUGACUUUCAACCUAACAAUGUCAAUCUUUCCACACCUGUAGCAUCAGGCGGGAGGAGAAAGAUGGUGUCUAAGAAUAAUUCCCUUCCAAAUAAAGAAAACAAGCCAAAAAAUAACAAAGCAAGUGAUAAUAAACUCCAGAAUAACGAACACAAGAACUGUGAUAUAUUGGAAAAUGUUGAUGCUGAAAGAUCAAGAGGAGGAAGUUCCAUUAAUUUUACUAGCUGCCACAUUGUUCAUUAUUUAAGAAACAUUACCCAAGGAACAAAGCCAUUAUUCCAGCAGUAUCGGGCUCUGAACACCCCUGUGAUGAACGUAAGUAAACUGUUUCGAAUACACAAGACAUACAUGGGAUUUGAUCGACGCACUACGGCUAUUACAUGGCAUCCGACAAUCCCACAUUUGGUAGCUGUGGGAUCGAAGGGCGGGGACAUCAUUGUGUGGAACUUUGAGAGAGAUGGAGGAGAACCCCGGACAACUAUAGUGGGGCAAGGUCCUGGUGGUUCCAUUCAGUCACUGAAGUUUGAUGGACGAAGCGACGGCUCCAAAGUAUAUACAGUUUCUAUCGACGGAACUUUGGCACUCCACAAUUUUCUGGACGGGGAGAAAAAGAAUUUUCUUAAAACUGGAGAUAUUGACCAUUGGUAUACCUCUUUAGACGUGUCUGUUUCCGGCGGAGUAAUGAUUGUCGGAGACAACAAAGGUUAUGUUAAUCUUCUCACAAUUGAUGGUGAAAAGCUCUGGGAAGAGAGACUUCAUAAACAGAAAGUUACACACAUAGAAUUUUGUCCAAGUAUGCCAUGGUGUUUGGUAACCACUUCAGUGGAUCACACAUUGAAGGUGUGGGAUGUACGAAACAUGAAGUCUCGCACCUCGUGUCUUGUGACGCACACCCAUGAGAAACCGAUAAAUUCAGCACACUUCAGUCGCACUGAUGGAGGCCGCCUCGUAACUACAGAUCAGCUAGAUGAAAUCCGGGUAUACUCUUGUCCCAGCUUCGGUCUGAGCCAAACCAUACCACACCCUCACCGCCAAUUCCAGCACCUCACGCCAAUUAAGGCAACGUGGCAUCCUUUAAGAGACAUCAUAGUUGUUGGACGGUAUCCAGACCGAAAUUUUCCCGGCUAUGUUGUAAACGAGCCACGCACUAUAGAUUUCUUUGAUGCCUCAACGGGGAAGAUUUUAUAUCAACAUAUUGAUAGAGGGUACUGCAACAAGAUCGUUUCUCUUAACUUGUUCAACCACACCGGAGACAGAUUAAUGUCGGCUGCAGGAAACAUUGUAUGGUUAUGGAAACCCAAAUUUGACCACCUGGAUAAUAAAGAAGUAAAAAAGAUGGACGACGACGAUUUAGAUGAUGACGAUGAUGAAAAUGAUGGUCACAAUGCCAGAAAGAAUCCUUGUCAUCAUAGAAGUGCAAAUGACUUGAAAAUUAAGAAGAUGAAGAUUACCAUAGAUAAAAUCUAAUAUUUUUUUUUUUCGAGGCAUAAUUUAACAAUGAAUCCACAAGAUGACGGUACAAUGGUAAGAUGAAGAUUCUAAAUAAGUGUCUUCUCAAAGCCUGGGGUUGUGGAACACAUUGUAGAGUUCAUCCAAGUUAUGAGCGGCCUUCGGAUGCCAGUUGGACUCGCAGUAACGAGAAAAUUUAACACAGGAAUAAUGAGCUUCAAAAGCAAACAUUAUAGCUGACAACUGUCAUCACCACAGGCCGUGAAAAUAUAUAUAAUGGGAACAAAAUGCAUUCCAAAUGCCUACAGAUGAUGUCCCAUCAGGAAAACCUUUGUGUUUGAGAAACUACCUUGAAUUAUUGUCAGAAAUUUUAAGUAAAAACAAAACUCAAAA